AUGGAAAGCCAUGGGACGAUCCUCUUCGUUUUCAUUGUCCGGCGAAGGAUCUCCCUCCGUAGAUGGACCAGCCUUUUGGCUGGACUCUUGACCGGGCUGCGGUUCGUUUUCGACAACGGCCUGCUUGCCAUCCGAGGUCUGACCGGCGACGGUAGCGAGCAGCUGGUCGGUGGACGGCUGGUUGAGCUUGUGAAGGAGGGCUUCACGAUCUCCAGCGAGGGCUGUGAGAACCGGAUCAGCAUCGAAGGAAGGCACAGACGCUUGGUGCGAAACAUAGGACUGCCAGGCCUUACCGUCUUCGGGCGUCGUCACAAGGGCGUCUUUGCUUUCGUUCUUGGCAUCAGUGUCGUCGUUCUUGUGGACUGCAGCAAUCCCUGCUGUGGCACCCGCACCAACAGCCAUUGCGGCAGCUCCAGCAGCCAAGGCUUCGGUGUUUGA